AUGCCUGAACCAGACACUAUCGAAGCGCGUGAGUCACCCGGGGGCCCUCCCCCGGGAGUGGGCGCGUUCGCCAAGCGCCGCUGGUCCAAGGCCCAUCCGCCCUCGGACCCAGCCGUCUCCUUCGCGGGCAAGGUGGUCCUCGUGACGGGCGCGAACACGGGGCUGGGCUACCAGGCCGCCGUCAAGUACGCCGCGCUGGGCGCCGAGCGGCUGAUCCUCGCCGUGCGCACCGCCGACAAGGGCGAGGACGCCAGGCGCCGCAUCGUCGAGCAGACGGGCUGCGCGGCCGACAGGAUCGCGGUGCUCGCCGUCGACCUCUCCGACUUUGCCUCGGUGCGGGCGUUUUGCCACGCCCUGGGGGAGACGACGCGCACCCUCGACGUCGCCCUGCUCAACGCGGGCCUGGGCCGGCCCGCCUACACGACGUCUGCUGCGGGCUGGGAGAUGGCGGUGCAGGUCAACGUGCUGUCGACGGCGCUCAUGGCCGUGCUGCUGCUGCCCCUCCUCCGGGCGACCGCCGCGGCGAGGCCUGCGGGCGCGACGCCGCCGCACCUGACCUUUGUCAACAGCAACGGCCACGACAUGGUGCAGAGGGAGUGGCUUGGCGAGGACCAGAGCCUCCUCCGGGCGGCGAACAAGGAGGACGGGUGGGUCGACAACAGGAGCUACGCCACAGUCAAGCUGAUUGGUAUGGCCGUCAUGCUGGCUGUCGCCCGGGCGUCGGCUGGUGACACGGGCCCGGACUCGAGCCCUCAGCGGCCGCAGGUCAUAGUCAACGCCGUCUGUCCGGCCCUGUGCAGGACCGAUCUGGGCCGCAACUACGGCUGGCUUGCCAAGAGGGUCGGCAUGCCCAUAUUCUACGGCCUGUUUGCUCGCACUGCUGAGGAGGGCUCGCGGUCCCUCGUCAGUGCGACCGCCCUGGGCCCCGAGAGCCACGGACGGUUCUGGCAUCAUGACAUCCUGUAUCCGCUGGGUGAUUUGGCCAAGGACGAGGCUCUCAUGGAGCAAACGUGGACAGAGGUCUUGGCCGUCAUCGCGAAGGAGGACCCCAGAGUCGGACAAAUUUUGGGGAGGGUGGAUUGA